AUGAAACCAAACAGAGGCUUAAAGAGGACAGAUCAUUUUUUGACUCUUUUGGUAUCACUUAAUGGUGGGACUGAGAGUACAUUUGGUUUGAGUCAACAGCGUGCUUUUGCGGUUCAAGUGUUUGAGUUGCAUCGACUAAUAAAGGUUCAGAGAUUGAUUGCCACGUCGCCACAUCUUUUGCUUGAGGACACCGCUUAUUUGGACAAACCCAUGAAGAUUUCUCCUGCGAAGAAACUUCCAUUAGAUUAUAUUGCUAAAGUGCCUCCAAAUAUUUCCAAGCGCAAAAGCAACUCCGAGAAGCCAAAUACCGAGAUUGAAUGCUCUGCUGAGAAUACCGUAGGAAAGACAACUCUUUCUUCCAUGCAAAAUGGUAGCCAGCCGUUGACUUGCUGGCCAUUUUUGGGAAAUCCUCUAUCACCAGCUGCAAGUGGUGACCAUAAUUCUGAACCGUGGUAUUUUAAUCAGGCACAGGGGCACCAGUGGUUGAUACCUGUGAUGUCUCCUUCUGAAGGACUAGUAUACAAGCCAUGCCCUCGACCGGGAUUUAUGGGUCCUGUCUGUGGACCUCCAGGAUUGGCUCCAUGGAUGAGUAGUUUCUUGACUCCCGGAUAUGGAGUUCCUGCGUCAAAUCAUCAGUAUCAAGUGCCAUCCUUCCCUCCAGCCGGGCCUCAAGGUUACUUUCCAACUUAUGGCAUGCCAAUCACUAAUCCAGCCUUCUCAGGUUCAUCUGUUGAACACACGAACCACUUCAACGUUCAACAUCAGAACUCGUGCAAUAUGCUGAGACAGAUGAACGAAGCCGUUCCCAAUGUUAUAAAGCUGCAUGCAGCUAAGAAUAAUGAACUACAGACGAGCACAGCCAGCAGUCCAACUGAUAGACCACAGUGCAGUCGAGAAGGACACGCCAUGGUAGGAACAAAUGCAUUUCAACUUUUCACCUCAUCUCCUGUCAACGUCCCUGAUUGUAACAUUCAGUCUCCCGAACCUGAAUCCCCUGCUCGGGCAAUCAAGGUUGUGCCUCGUAAUGCCAGAUCAGCAACGGAAUCUGCUGCUCGAAUUUUUCAGUCUAUACAAGAAGAGAGGAAACGGUGUGAAUCGUCAGCCGGUCCUGCUCGUUCACAUUGA